AAUCCCGUGAGUCAGCGUUACGCGAGACCGGUGCGCGGCGGCGCGAUCGAUACCCUGCACUCCCUCCCCUCAGGCCCUCACGUUCCCAUGCACCUGUCGUAGACAGCACCGCUGGACACUGAAAAACCUCAAAAAACAUCCAAAAAUGAAGUAAUUAUAAAGAAAUCAAGUGCUUUCCUCAAAGUCAAUUUUCGUUUAAUAGUACAAGGUCGCCACGGUCGUAGACCUUUAAGAAACUACCUCAAAAUAAAUCACGGGUUCAAGCAAUACGGUGUUUAUUUGUGUUUCUAUCGUGGAUUUUAUUUUUAAUUAUUACGCGUAGUGGGCAAGGUCGUAGUUUAUUUUGCCGUGCACAAAUGUCGGAUCUUUUCCAUUGCAAACGCGCGCGUGCACCGAGGUAGGACAUAACAAAGGUGCUCCGCCGUCAGGUCGUCUUGUCGUUUGUCGUUGUGUUUAGGAUAAGCUAUGGCUUCCAAGGUUCUCGUUCCGACAGCCCCCUUCGCAAAACUGCAGGUCAAAAAAUCACCUCCAGAAAAUGGCGGCGGAUUCAUCAUUAGCAGCGGUGAUGCAGCAGCUCGGGUCGCACACUUGGAGCAUAGCGUUCGUUUCCUACAAGAACAACAUCGAUUGAUGCUGAGCGGUCUCCACGCUGAGAUAGAGGCUUUACGAGAGAGAAACAGAGACUUGCAAUUUCAACUGAUAUUUAAUAAGGAGUCAACGGUGAAACCAAGUCCGCCGGUGCCCGAUGACACAGCUGAAAACAAUGAAGAGAAGUUGCGCAAAGACGUGAGUCGCGCGGAACGCGAGGCGGCGGCCGCGCGCGGGGAGGCGCGCGCCGCCGAGGCCCGCGCGCUGCAGCUGCAGAGACUCGUCGACGCGCAGGCGCAAAAAGUUCGCGAUCUGGAGAGUCGGCGCGAGGGCGAGCCGGGCGGGGCGGGCGCGGGCGGGGCGGGCGGCGCGGACGGCGCGGAGGAGAGCCGCGCGGAGCUGCGGCUGCGGCUGGCGGAGGCGGAGCGGCUCGUGCGGCGCCUGCGCGCGGACGCGGAGCGCCAGCGCAGAGAGGUACUCGGGGGCGCGGGCGUCACCAACCUACUGUUCGACGGCGCGGCCGCUCGACACGCGCACUUGCAGUGUAUGAAGAAUUCCCUCCAUGCGAGUUUGCGAGCUAGCGGUUUAGACGCGUACGGUUAUCAGAACAACUACCACUUUCCGCCGGUACACACGCCGGACUUCUGGCGGGAACCGCUUAGAGAGGAGUAUAGCAUGGGUUCGCGAAACAGGAACAAUAGAAGACCUCUCACACUGCCUGAACUAACCGCUGUCGGUCAACCGCUGCGCUCUACCGUGUAUGCCAAUAAUCAUACGCGGGCACGAGGCUACGUUCACGAGAAAAAUAAAAAAACUCAAACCACGAACGGAGAAACAAGUAAUGGAAAAAGUCCAGAGGAACCGACAGAAAAUUCACGAUUAAACCCGAUAGACACCGAUAGUUUAGCGAAUACGAAAAAAACUGAGUCUAGGUUCUCGACAUACCCCGAGUUGAAAAUAGUGGUUACUAAAAUAAUUCCACAUGGAAACGUGAGCGCGGCGGGCGAGGCGCCGCGUGCGCGCUCGCGGCGCGCGCCCCGCAAGCACUCCGACCACACAUAGCCGCGCCGCCGCGCCGCCGCGCCGCCGCCCGACACUCUCACAAAUAUAGUUUAUACGCCACGCCGAUCGACCGACUUGAUUUCACAGGACUAAAACAUGGCUCUCUCUUUCCUAUGUGUGGAUUUGUGAAGGAAUUCUUUCGAGCCUUGUCAUGUUUGUUUGGUUGAUGUUGUUUAUAACUGAUUCGGCAUUGUUAUUUACACGCGGAUCUCGAAAGGCAUGCUCUGCUAUUUUAUCUUUGCCGAUAUAUACUUCGGUUAUAAGUGAGCACUGAUUAUCAUUGUGUUUGAAGUUAAUCGCGUCCUUAAAUCAUCAAUUCUGCGAUUCAAUUAUCUCAUUAUGAUAUCCAUUUCAGUACAGAGUCAUAAUUUAAUUGACGUUGGUAAAAAUAUUAUGAUUGCUUUGUAUGCAAUCUCUGAACUAAUCUGACGGUAAAUCAGUACUAAUAUUGAGAUGCUAUGUAACAAUUUAUACUGUUUCUCCUGUCUCACCUAAUCAUGAACUGUAUCGUGGAGAUGACAUAACGGAUUAAGUUUUAACAUUAUAUUUCUCAUUAAUAUUAAAUAUCUCUAUCAAUACUUAUAUUGAAUGAAAAAUACCGAUAUUAUUUCGAUGUGUGUCAAAUGAGACACUGGAAUAUUAAAACUAAUAUGAGAACUUAUAAUUCAAUGCGUAGUACCUAAAAAUGUCUGCAAAAUAUAUCACUGUAUAAUUUUAGAUCUCAGUACUGCUCUAAUCACUCGUCGCAGUUAAAAAGAUCGCAAUCAAUCGACAAAAGAACUAAAUAAUUAACGAAAGUCAUCAAAGCAUUUGAUAUGACGAAAAUUGUGAUAGGACAUUGAAUGAGAUAAACAAAUCUUGUGGCAAAAUAAUGAUACUUAUUAGCCUGUUAGGACCAAAUGAAUGAUUAUCUGAAUCUAAGUAAAUCUGCUUGAUUAAAACUUUCCUUCAAUUAUUCUAAUGAAUUGCGUAAAUAUGAUGUGGCUAAUAAUAAAACGUGAUACAACAGUACCUAUAUUAUCUAAAUGAAUGAAUAAGCUCGAAUAUUAAUUAAACUGUCGUAGAAUUUAAUAGAAUCGAAAGCACUUUAAAAUGUGCAAUGUAAUGUACGGUAUGUAUUUGUAGACGGACAUUGGAUUUAGUAUUCGUUUUAGCUUUAAUGGAGUUUUUAGAUCGUUUUUGAAUAUUUACGAAGUCGAUUUCAUUAUAUAAGAUAUAUUCAGAUUCGAUGCUCAGAAUUAAAAUAUGUUUACAAACAACCAAGAAUUUUACUGAAACUCAGCAGUUGUACAACAGUAGUAGUUAAAUACAGUUAUAAAAUAAAACACAAACAAAACUAAAGUGCAAUUAUGAAACAAAAGCUUCUUAAAGAUGAACUACGAAGCAGUUACCGACAACUAUUAUUU